CGACUCCAUCAAACGACUCUCUCAUCAACGCUCGUCUGCUGCUCCAGGCCUCUUGAUUUGCUAGUGAGUAGAAGCUCAGCGAUAAUCAGCAAGGGGCGAACAAUCCUGAAGCAACAGCGGGGCAUACGCAAUUGACACAGCGAGCGCACUCAAACCUCGUCAAGAUGGCUCCCAAAGGCGUGCAAGCGGAAAAGAAGGGCUCCAAGGUCAAGGAGGACAAGACCUUUGGCUUGAAGAACAAAAACAAAUCAUCUAAAGUACAAAAGGAGGUGGCCAAGGUCAAGCAGCAGGUGGCCGAUGCCGGUAACCCAAAGCUGAAGAAGGCGGAAGAGGAGAGGCGCAAAGCAGUAGAGGCCAAGAAGAAGGACGCCCAGGCGAGAAAGGAGCUCGAUGCAGACCUCUUCAAUGUUGUUCUGCCCACACAGAAAGUACCCUUUGGCGUGGACCCAAAGACCGUCCUCUGCCAAUUCUUCAAGAUUGGCAAAUGCGAUAAAGGCGCCCGGUGCAAGUUCAGUCACGACCCGGAUGUCGGGCGCAAGGCAACCAAGAAGGAUCUCUACACAGAUGCGCGUGAUCAAGAAAAAGUGGACGAUACAAUGGACAAGUGGGACGAGGAGAAGCUGCGGAGUGUCGUCUUGUCCAAGGCCGGUAAUCCAAAGACCACAACCGACAUUGUCUGCAAGUUCUUCCUGGAGGCUGUCGAGACACAAAAGUAUGGUUGGUUCUGGAUCUGUCCGAAUGGCGGUGACCAGUGUCAGUACCGGCACUCUUUGCCACCGGGCUUUGUGCUCAAAUCCAAGGACAAGAAGAAGGAGGAGAAGGCCGUCAUCUCCAUCGAAGAGUUCCUCGAAACGGAGCGGCACAAGAUUACAGGCACCAAGACGCCCGUAACGCUCGAGUCUUUUACGAAAUGGAAGAAUGAACGUGUGGCCAAGAAGGAGGCCAUUGUCAAUGAGGAGAUUAAGCAGAAGGAGCAGCGACGGAUGGCAGGCAAGCUCACAGGUCUCUCGGGUCGCGAGGUGUUUGCGUACAAACCCUUGGAUGAAUAUGAGGAUGAAGAGGAUGAAGAGUUUGACAUUACCGAGUUCCGGCAGCGCGGCAGUGAUGACGAGUCGGAGAGCGACGGAGAGGCGAGUUCAGAGGAGGAGGAUGCCUCUGUGGUGGGUAGUACAAACGGGGAUCAAUGAGCCUCGCCUCUCAAUCAGCAUAGCAUUCAUUGGAGCAGAUAUUAUUGUCAAGGUCAUUGUGAUCAAGCGAUUCAGGUGGUGCA